GCCCACUUAGACAACACAUGCAGCGCCCACAAUCGCUGGAGAGCUAUCUGGGCCGCCGAUAAGGGACAGCCUUAGCCCGCCUAGCCAUCCACAGGUCAGCUGUCGCGUCGAUUGCAUUUUGCGGACAUGGCAGAUGCACGCCACGAAGAGACACUCUCCAGCCUGCAGUUAUAUCAGACGCAGCCGCUGUUGACGUUGCCGGAGAUUUGCAGCAGCAGCGCGCAUAUUGCAGUGCGGGGAGAGCGACGUUGGCCCGCGCCAGUGUGAAGCAGCAUCGCAGCUCGGGGCCUAUCCACCACACCUAGCCUGGGACCGACCCCUCGGCCUCGUCCUACUAUGCGCCCUGAUGAGCGGCCUCAAACGCUCUCUGGAGGAGUCUCAUGACGGCGCGCUCCCCUCGCCCUCGGACUCGGCAGCCUCGCAGAAGCCCGCCAGCCCGGCGGCGACGGCAGCGACGGCAGCGACGGCAGCGACGACAGCGACGGCAGGGACCAGCAGCUCGCCGGCGUCGUCGUUCCGCAAUGUGAGCGCCUGCAACCGCUGCCGGCUGCGCAAGAACCGCUGCGACCAGCGCCUGCCGUCGUGUGCCUCCUGCGACAAGGCGGGCGUCAAGUGCGUGGGCUACGAUCCCAUCACGAAGCGCGAGAUUCCUCGCAGCUACGUCUGGUACCUCGAGACCCGGGUCGCCUACCUCGAGUCGCUGCUCCAAGACGGCGGCCUGCCCUUCCAGCCCGCCGAAGACUUCAACCCGAGCUUCCAGUCGAACGGCACUGCGGCCGCCCACCAGCCCGCGCACACGGCACCGCAGCGAAGCCAUGGCGCGGCCGCCCAACCGCGCACUGCAACACCCUCGAGGGAGGAGAGCGAGAGGUACGACCGCGAGAAGCUCGCCAAGCUCGUCUCCAACAUCGGCAUGGUGUCAGUGCAGGGCGCCAGUGACCCGCGCUACCUCGGGUCUACAUCAGGCAUCUCCUUCGCCCGCGUCGUGUUCGCUGCGGUCAAGAGCUCCGUCUCGGGAUCGUCUUCUGAGCGCGGCAGCAAUCGCGGAGGGAAGCCAGCCGCCAACGUCGUCGACGGCGGAACCUCGAUGCGCGACUCGUUCUUCGGCCUGCACACCAAACCAACCUUCCGCCAGGCGCCCUUCCCCGACCGCGAACUCGGCUCUCGGCUCGUCGAGCUCUACUUUGAGCACGCGAACCCGCAGAUCCCGAUCCUGCACCGCGGCGAGUUCAUGGACCUGUUCGAGCGCGUGUAUGCGAGCGGAGAAAGGCACCGCACGUCAAGAGAGUCGUACAUGCUCAACAUCGUCUUUGCUAUAGGCGCCGGCAUCAUCCUGGGAAGCUCCGACGCAGACGACUCACCGACUUCUGACGGCUCAGCGUCGCCACGCAAGUCCCGAGCGUCUCCACCAAGCAACAAGAAGCGCAGGCUUGCCGGCCAGCAGCACCAGCCCGAAGAGUAUCACGCGUCUGCCAUCGUGCACCUCGAGAAUUUCCUGGGAUCUUCUCCCGCUGCGGACCGUCCCGACGGCUUUGGUGGGGGCUUGGAAGAGCUGCAGGCUGUGUUACUUCUCGCAGGAUUCGCGCUGCUGAGGCCUGUUGCGCCUGGCCUGUGGUACAUUGUAGGAGUCGCUGUGCGCCUCGGCGUGGAUCUAGGGUUACACUACGAGGAUGGAGUGGGUAUCGAUGGGUCGGGCUCGGAGGACCAUUCCACCGGGAGACCAGAUGCCAAAACCGAGGGCUCUGCGAACGAGGAUGGAUCGACGACGGCUGCCGGCAGCGCCAGUACCGCCAAAAUCGAUGCAAAGGAGAGGGGCCGCAGACAGUGGGUCAGAGACCUCCGGAGACGACUGUGGUGGUGCGUAUACUCGGUGGACAGGCUUGUCAGUACCUGCGUGGGCAGACCAUUUGGCAUCACAGAUCAGAUCGUCACGACAGAGUUUCCCUCACUCCUCGAUGACCGAUUCAUCACAAAAGAAGGUUUCCUCGAGUCGCCACCACACCUCGAGAGGCCAACGUAUAAAGUGGUUGCAUAUCACUACUUCCGUCUGAGGUUGCUGCAGUCCGAGAUCUUGCAGGUGCUGCAGCACCGUCAGGCCCAACAAGCAAGGGCGAGUGGGGCAAACCAACGUAACGAGUUCAUGCACACCAAGCUGCCGUCACCUUUCCUUGCCAAGUUCGAGUCUUUCCGUGCCUGGCGCGCUGAUAUCGACAGGCGUCUGCAAGAAUGGAAGGACUCCGCUCCGACCCAGUUAGACGCUGGUGUGCAGUUCUCACCGCUCUUCCUGGAACUGAACUACUGGCAAGCCGUCAUCAUGUUGUACAGACAGAGUCUAGUCGUGCCGUCUGGACUACAAGGUGUGCUUGGCACCACUGGCUCUGAUGUCGAUAGUCCGUCUGUAGUCGGCGUGGAUGAACGCGAAGACGAAGACCUGGUGUUCCUCAAGGUAGCCGAGGCCGGUCAGAAGGUUUUGAAGCUAUACCGACAGCUGCACCGUGUUCACCUUGUGAACUACACGUUCUUGGCGACCCAUCACCUCUUCAUGGCUGGGAUAUCCUUUCUGUACGCUGUGUGGCACAGCGUUCAUGUUCGCAGCCUACUAUCUCUGGAUGAUGUCGACUUCACCGUAUUGGCCGCAACCUCGGUUCUGGGUGACCUCAUCGACAAAUGUCCGCCCGCGGAGGCAUGUCGUGAUGCCUUCGAUCGGAUGAGCAAGGCCACCAUCCAGAUGUGCAUGUCAACAACCGGCUUUGGUCCACAAGCUCUCCGAGCACUGUCUCAGUCCCAACAACACUACCCUCAACCCUCACGCUCACCUCCCACAACAUACACAUCCGCAUCCGACACCGAUGGGCAGUCAAACGCCGACAUGCAAGGCUACCCACGAAACACAAGCUACUUCACCCAGCACCCACACCAGCGGUCCCGCAAACCCAUGCCAAGAUUCGACAUGAACCUAAAGGACCUCUUCUCCGAAGACGAAACAGACAAGCGCUCAUUCAGCCGCGUGUCCAACCAAGUCAACACCAUGCGGCCCCCACCCGCGCCCAUCAAGCCCGAGACCCAGGACUCAAUAGCAUUCACAGCCGAUCUGAAGAUCUCGCCACAACUCCGCACACAGGGCUUCGGCUUCACACAAGGACAGACUAUUCCGAGUCCGCAACAACAACAACAACAACAACAUCAACAUCAAUCCUUCCACUCAACAACACCCACCCUCUCACCCCCAAUUUCCGAAUCCCCACCGCAACCGCUCCCCUCACCCUACCAAAUCUCUGCAGCACCUUACAACGCCUACGCCCAAGCCCAAACCAUGUCCUCCUCCUACCCGGACUUAGGAUUCCAUAACGACCUGGACUUCCUGGACAGUUUCCCUGUUCAGGGGAGCGCGAGUAGUAUGGCCGACGGCGCGGCGACGCAGGAUGUCGGGAUCGGGUUUGGGAUGGGGUUUGGUGACGGCACGCAUGAUUGGAGUGAUGGGAAUGGGCUGGAUUUGUUUGAUGGGUUUUUCUUUGGGCCUGGGGGGACGGGGAUGUGAGGACCCGCCUCGUAGCCACAGCCAAAGCCUGGAGGUACACGGCGUAUUCUCCCGCACGUGAAGUAGAGGCGGCUUUGGGCUACGAUGCUUUGGAAAGCGUGGAGGUUGGUCACGUGGGGAGAUCGUGGGGUCGGGUGCCGGCGACCUCCGAGGGGAGGGAGGGCUGAUGAGUUGCAUGUGUACGAUAGAUAGGCACCAUGUAGGAGCGAAUGC